AUGGGGGGCUCCCAAUCAAAACGGGGUGAAUACAGAACUCAGAAGAGCAGCUUAAGCCCAGAUGGGGACAGCAGGAGCUUUGAGCAUGGCACCUACCAGACAUCUGAAAGCCAUAGAAGCUUCAUUGAGCCCAAGAAACUGCCAAACCCAGUGAAGGAGUCCAGGCACCACCGGGACUUGCACCGGGAGCUUCUUUUCACUCAUAGGAGGGGACUGCUUCCAGAACACAAGCCGGAGCUUCAAAGAGUACUAGAAGCCAGGAGAAUCAAGCAGCUGAAGCAGCAAGAAGAAAUCCAGAAGCCCUUGACAGAUCUAGAAGAAGAGCUGAGAAAACGGCAGCAGAAACUUGACCAGUACGAGCGAGAGCUGGCCCUGAAAGCAGAGCAAGAGGGAAGGCCUGAGUUCAUCCUUGUCAAAGAGAGCCUGAAGAAGAUUAAGCUGACUACCGAAACAGGCAUAAGGCAGACAUGAGAGGUCUCCAAUCCAGGACAAAGCAUUAAGGAUCAUGAAGCAUUCAAGCA